UUCUAGGCGACGCCAAUCCCCAAUCCUCUCCAAGACCACAACCCAAACCCAUCAGAAGCAUCAACAUUCAACUAAACGACAAUCAUAAAUACUCAAAAGACACUCAAAAUGAAAACUCCCCCAAUCUAUCUCGCACUACCCCCUCUCAUCUGGGCCAGAAGCAGCCGAGCAACUUCCAACGCCACCAUCACAAAAGACCUGAUCACCAUCCCAACAUCCUGCAUCUACGGCCACAAUACCACCUGGCUCCACAACAUGGCGCUCUCGCACCAAGGCGAGUGCUUUGCCCCCAGAAGUUACUAUUGCAUGAGUCUGCAACAAAAUAUUUUCGGCACUCUCAAAACGAUUGGUGCCGGCGAUUAUCACCGUGCACCGAUAGUUGCAGAUGGAAACGACAAGGUGAUAUCGAAGUCAACAAUAGAGAGGAGCGAGGACUGUGCUCCACCUUGGCGCGUAGUUUACAAUGACUCUACUGGUCAUUCAGAGAAAAGGAAUUGCAGCUGUGCGGGGAGAUUGAAGGGAGAGCAGAAUGAUAAGAAUGCUGCACCGCCUCGAGAACAUUUCGUCUCUUUGCGAGAACAUGAAUUUCCGAUACCAACGCCCGCAUCAUUCGAGGUCGACUCCGAGAACUCGGACGGAUACUACGAUAUUCUCGUCUAUCAAAUUAAGUAAGCCGUGAAUCGACACUGUGCAGGCAGAGAAAGUAGGAGAGUGAUAACAGAAGU